GUUCAUACACUAACCACCAAUUAACGUAAUUAACGGCACAAUUACACAGUAUCAUCUUUUAAUUAUGCGUCAUUUAUUGCCCCAGCGGGUCAUUGAAAUCCAAACGCAGACACACGGACCUGAACUUUCUCUCAGUAAACAGAAAACCGUUUCUCAUCUACGCCGUCGUAUCCAGUGGGAUCUGUGACGUCGUCUCCGAUUGGACCAAAGUUUUCGGCUGCAGCCAAUCAGGCCGCUCUGCCAAGCGCUGGGGUACAGCGGCUGGACCAAUCGGAGGCGGCAGCGCUAACGGCCUGAGAGAAGAGCUCUGCCACUUUUGACGUUCUCCCCUCAUUUGAACCGGUGUCAACACACAACAACGGCGACAGCACUGUAUUUUCCACGGACGGUUGCGGCCGUCCCCGGGGCCGGUACACGGGUGCUCGCUCGGCUGGAAGGGUGUCUAAUCCUCCACUACAGGACUCCGCUCCACGGCCACAGGGGCGACUAUAACGACGUUCUCCCUCGGUUGUGAGCCGCGUCCACCAUCUUCUCAGCCUCCUGCUCUCGGUCAGGAGGAGAUAAGUGUUCGGUGAGCGGGGAGGUGGAGGUAUGACUGCGUUAGCGGGGUCGAUUCCCAGGAUGAUGCGACCCACGCUGGCUCAGAACUACCCCCGCAGCGGCUUCCCACUGGAAGUGUCGACACCGUUGGGUCAAGGGCGAGUCAACCAGCUCGGAGGAGUUUUCAUCAAUGGCAGACCCCUGCCCAACCACAUCCGACACAAGAUCGUGGAGAUGGCCCACCACGGCAUAAGGCCGUGUGUCAUCUCCAGGCAGCUGCGGGUCUCCCACGGCUGCGUCUCCAAAAUCCUAUGUCGCUACCAGGAGACGGGCUCCAUCAGACCCGGGGCCAUAGGAGGCAGCAAACCCAAGCAGGGAACAACACCGGACGUGGAGAAGAGAAUCGAAGAAUACAAGCGGGAAAACCCGGGUAUGUUUAGCUGGGAGAUUCGGGAUAAAUUACUGAAGGAUGGAAUAUGUGACCGCAACAACGUUCCUUCAGUGAGCUCCAUCAGUCGCGUCAUGCGGACAAAGUUCGGGGUGAAAGGCGGCGACGACGAGGAGGACGAGGAUGAGAUCGAGAAGAAGGAGUUGGAGGAGAACGAGCGCAGGGCCAAGCACAGCAUCGAGGGCAUUCUGGGAGACAGAUCGAGUCACUCAGACGAGGGUUCUGACGUGGAGUCGGAGCCCGACCUGCCGCUGAAGAGGAAGCAGCGCCGCAGUCGGACCACCUUCACGGCGGAGCAGCUGGAGGAGCUGGAGAGGGCCUUUGAGAGAACACACUACCCUGACAUCUACACCAGGGAGGAGCUGGCUCAGAGGGCCAAACUCACCGAGGCUCGUGUGCAGGUGUGGUUCAGCAACAGGCGAGCGAGAUGGAGGAAGCAAGCCGGAGCCAAUCAAUUGAUGGCGUUUAAUCACCUGAUUCCAGGGGGCUUCCCUCCGUCAGCCAUGCCCAGCAUCCCUCCCUACCAGCUCUCUGACAGCAGCUAUCCUCCCUCGUCUAUAGCACAAGUGUCGGAGCCUCCCAGCACGGUGCACCGGCCCCAGCCCCUGCCUCCCUCCUCGGGCCACCAGGCGUCCGGUGCUGGAGGACAGGGUGAAGCUGCCUCUGCCUACUGCCUGGCCUCAGGGCGCCCCUCUUUCUCAGGCUACUCAGACAGCUUCGUCAGCCCCGGAGGACCAGCCAACCCCAUGAACCCCACCAUUGGAAACGGACUUUCUCCACAGGUGAGACAGAACCUGCUGACAUAUAUCUAACACAGAGGUUAGAGACGUCACGGUGUGAGCCAGUUUACACUGGAAUUAUUUGGGUUCCUACUGAGCGGGAAAACCGUGGGACUAAUUUGCUGUGGUCAAAUUCCUGUAGACUGAUAUCAACUACAGAGAAAUCUCAGUAGUGAAUUGGAGUGAACAGUGUUACGUGUGGGGCCUUUUAAACGCUAUAAUCAGUUGUGUAAAAAGCAGCGUGUUUGACUGCCUGGCUACCUCAGGAGAGAAGGAUAGUUUUCACUUACGCACUGGAACUUGGAUGUAAUUUUCAAAGGUUUGAGCCAAGCUGACGUGUAGGUGAUUUAUCACGUCAGGCCCACUCUGCCUUCGUGAUAAAUCAGGCUGUAAAAACAUGUUUUUUUUUUGUUAAGAACUCAAAUAAUGUCAAAGCAGGUGUAGGAUGCAUGAGUCACACGCUCCUCUGCAGAAGCUCAGGGUUAGGGUUACUUCCUGGUGGAGAAGACUCCACGUCACGAAGGACAUUUGAGUGUUUGAAACAUGAAAGGUGAGAAGAAACAAAAAAAAUAGAGCUAUUUAUCUGGGUGCAGAGCUCUCGGGUGUGUGUGUGUGUGUGUGUGUGCACUACAGAGGAGACACAGAUCUUAACAGGCAGAAAAUGAGAUUUCGGCAUGGUGCUGCGUGACUCCUUAGAGAAGUACGGCAGCGGGAGUGCGUGUCCUUCCACACUGAUGGUGUAGAUAAUAAUCAGCUCCAUGACAAUUUACAAUCAUUUAAGGAUUUUCUAACAUGAUUUGCACAAAUCUGACCUGGCGUGGUCCAAGCAGCGUCUCCGGGGUCGGGUUUAGAACCCUCACCUCGGUUUAAUUACUCACCCAUUUUUAAUUAGCUUUACAUGGGGUCGGACGAGUGAGAGGAUCUCACCAAACACUUCAGAAAGUAGGACAAACACCGAGCUGACUUUCAAACAAACACGAUGAUGGUAAAAAAAACAAACUCCAGGCCGCGCCCCCCCGAGGGAAGGUUCUGGUGAUUGAAUUCUUAAAAUGUUUCCCUCCACAUUCCUCUAUGUGAAAACAGGGCUUCCAAUUUAUUUGUAUAUAUUUCAUAUGCCGGCUGAAGGAAUAUCCUGCCUUCAGAUGUUCUCCUCAUCCUGAAACUUGACUUCUUACUCCCGCGUUCAGCGCCCAUGGCCACUGGCCACAGUAGUGCUUCAGUAUGAAAUGCCAGCCAGCCAGCCCGCCGCCGUCUCAGGAGGCAAGCAGAGGCUCCGAGGGAUGAUGGGUAACGGCAGGUAAAAGACAGGAAUAGUUCAACUCCCCAGGAGUUCAGGGAGCGCGGAUCUUUGCUCUAAGUGGCGUCUUUCAGAGCUCUCUUCGGUUUCAGACCAAACCUUUGGUGAAGGCAGGUUAAUUUUUAAGGAAAACGUUACUGGGCACAGGGAGGAAACACUGCUCCCUCUCCAAAUCAACACAGACUCCUCCAUUCACCUCCCCGCGCUUGGGAAAUGAUUUAAACAAGACCAUGUGUGUGUGUGGAUGUAGAAUAAUAUGUCACUUAGAGAGCCGAGAGGAUCCAAAGAGCAGUGUACCUGCUUCUUAUUAGGACAAAUGGAGGAGCCCCGGGGGCUUCGCUCUGCUCUGUGUGUGUGUGUGUGUGUGUGUGUGUGUGUGUAUGGGAUGUAUGCAGAGGUGGCAGGUAGUGGUCAAGUUGCUCAGUUAAGUGAG